UAUCUUGCACAUCCGCCUGUGGCUGUGUUAUCACAAAUUCUGAAUCUCUAUUACGAUUUGAUAUAUUAUUAACAUGUGAAGCUCGUGCGUUCGAUCGGUAAAAACAAACCUCUCGAACGCCGCCUUGAACUGAUCCAAUCCAGAAAGCCCCCGAUCAACAAAGCCCCCUUCAAACGAUAUCUAAGGCAAUAACACAGCAAACCCAAGGACCAACGAUCAUUUAAAACACGAAUAGGCGCGCGCGUGUGAACAAAGACCUACGGAAGUAUCGGCUUAUUUCCACGAUGUCAAACCCUGCUGUAAACAAUUGCUCAAACACAACAGAUCUUCCUGAGUGCCCAGUUAUCACGGUGGAUGCAAAGAUGGUUUUUUCCUUGUUUUGUCUCUCUGUGAUCAGCAUUUUUACCAUCUUCGGAAAUGGUUUGGUGUGCAUGGCGUUUAUCAUCAACAGAAACUUGAGGAUUUUGACUAAUUUCUAUGUGGUUUCGCUGGCUCUGAGCGACAUUUUGGUCGGAUUUGUUAAUAUCCCUCUCUGGAUGUUCUGGCGUGCAAUCAACUAUUGCCAAUUCCGAGGGAAUCCCCUGUACGAGAUAUUUAUGAUAUUUGACAUUCUUUGCGGCACGGCGUCCAUAUGGAACAUGGUAGCCAUCAGUAUCGACAGGUUACUGGCCGUGGCCUACCCUACUGUGUACCGUGUACGUUCCAAGCACCCCAAAUUGGCCGCCUGGUUCAUUCUUUUCGUUUGGUCCUUUAGUAUUCUCGUCGGAGCUUUGCGCAUGACCUUCCCUCACUGGAACUACCCGCUCUUCCUUGUCAUCGUCUCUUUCUUUAUUCCUCUGAUUAUUAUCUUAUUUUCGUACGGGACCAUCUACAAGGUCGUCAGGAUGCGCUCCAAAUGGACCGGCUCGGUUUUGAUUGAGAUACACCUUGCACGCACGCUCGCUAUCGUUAUCGGUGCGUUUAUUUUGUGCUGGGGACCUUUCUUCGUUCUGAACGUUGUGGUAAUGAUAUGCAAAAAUGAUUGCUCGUAUGGAGUAGCGUUCGAAGUGAUCAAGUGGCUUCAAUACGCGUGUUCCUGUAUAAAUCCCAUAAUAUACACUGUCAGAAACAAAGAGUUUCGUCACACGUUUCAUGAGAUGAUAUGUAGGUGCUCCUAUCGUAGGCGCGUGUACACUGUAAAUGCGCGCGAGAAGCGACGGACUGUCAAGUUCUGCUUUUGCUGUGAUGUGCCGGAGUUUGAGAUGGCACCGAGACCGCGGUGUGCUACUGUCACUGAGGAGUCACAGAUUACCACAGUACCAAUGACGUCAAUGAGCAGUAGUCAUCGGUCACUACUAACGCUAGGCUUUCAGAACUCGUUUGGCGCCGGCGUUCAUUCGACCAAUAAUAAAACAGCUACAGUUCCUUCAAGGUGAGAGGAGAAACAAAGGUUACUAUAGUGACAAAGACUUUGAUAAGCAGCUGCCAUUGGUCGCUGGUGAUGCUCUAGUUUUAACCAGAUUUGCGCAUGCUAGUUUUCUUUCAUUCGUCGUGCCACGUCGAUAAAUGAGCUGCGGGUUACGGGCUACUAAAAGAACUUCUCCUCUGGAGAGAAAUUUACGAAAAGUAGAGCGCUGCGUGCCCCCGUAUUGGAAGCCUGCAAAAUCAGACGCCUCUAAAACGAAAUAAUUCGUCUCUUGCCACGAGUUAUUUCGCGAGCGGCAAGAGGCGUCUGCUUUCGCAGGCUACAGUAUUGGAGAAAAUUUUAAAAUGUGACGUUAUUUUAAAAAUGGUCAUUCAACCUUUGAGGAUUUAAAUCAGCAUACAGGAUUCUUUAGUACGCCAUUCUUAAAUAGCCUCCUCUAAGCCAGAGCUAGACAGUAAAGAAAAUGAUUACUUUUGAAAGGCUGGAGUACGCGCACGACAUCUUGAUCAUCCACUACAUCUUGAAAUAGUUUUCGGAAAGUUAACCAAUAAGGAUAAAUGAAGCUUUCCUUUUCCACGCUGAUAAGUACGUAUCUGAAACACAUUAUGGCUUUCUAAAACUGUCAAGAUGGUUACGGUAGGGCUCGUUACAAAAACGAUGAGCAAACUCGUCGAAAAAACCCUCGUACAUGAAGUGAAGACGUAACGCAAAACGUAUCCCACAUUGAAGAAUUUGCUAAAAACAUUUUAUAUAUUUCAUUUUGUCGUUCUGUAGCAACCACAAACUUGUAAACUCGCUUGGAUCUUAAAAGAUUUUCCACUGAAGUACGAAAGAAUUAUUUAUUUUAGAUGCACGCACUAUAGACGUGGGUAUUUACAUAGUCACUUUUUUGCACCGUCACAUUUUCGCAGAAUUGUAAAUUUUUCAAAGCCGACCUAGUGCUCUUCGCCCCACAGGGCUUCCGAUGGUCGAAAACAAAACAUUAUGAGUGCCACAAAUAGGAUAUGCUUCAUUUUAUCAACAGUUGAAGUACUGGAAUUAUUUUAAGGCAUCAAAACUGAUAAACAUAAUGACGUAGUUAGGAAGCCUGCUAAAAUAAAAGUGUCACCUUACAAGAAAGAGAUGAAAACAACGCUGAUGUAUUAUAAGCCUUUGUACGUAAUAUUUACAAGCAAGAAAGCAUGAAUGUAAUAAAUAUUGAGUACUUAA